GACACCUGUGUUGUCAUCUGUGUACACUCGUCCGAAGAUAUCAAUUGCUGGUGACAUGGACUUACCUACGUAUCAUCUUGCUUGAAAGGUCAAGCGCUUCCACCCAAAUUUGAACUUUCCGUGAGCAUCUUUUUGCAUAAAUGUUACAUCUGAGCGCAUGCUAUACGGGGAUAUACUCCUAAGAGCGAAAGAAAUUCGAAAGAAAAUAGUGGACAGCAGGUGAAGCCAAGUGGACGGAAUCGCACGACGUGGUUGUGUGGCAGCGAAGAUGCUCCGAAGAGGCACGGGGCGAACUCCCCCAUUCAUUUUGGUGGGUCUCGUGGUCAUUGGGCUCAUACUAGCCUUCAAUUGUUGGACUCUCUCGUCGCAGAAUUCCGACCUGCAACAGGAGAUAGAGAAAAUCCAAGCUGAGGUCAAAAUCAGUGCUGUCAAGCAGGAACAGUCGGAGAAGAAGAAUGCAGCCCUUGGGGAAACAAUCCACGAGAUGGAGGAGCUCUCCGGCAAACUCAAGCAGAAGCUCAAGGAGGAAGAUGACGCACUUUCCAAGUCAGACAAGACUAAUCGAGAAAAGAGCUAUGAGAUCACAAGCCUGAAGAAUCAGGUUGCCAAGUUUGAGGAACAGAUUCUCUCCCUAACCCAGCAAGUGGAGGAGCGAGAGGUGGAGCUUAGCAAAGCCAAGGAGACCAACACACACUUGGCCUCAGAGCGGGAUGAUGCCGUGGAGGCCAUCGCAGAGAAGGACACCCUCAUCAACACCCUCAAGAGACAGCUGGAGCAGGUGACAGUGAAAAGAUCUCACCUCACACUCUCCCUGGCAACAUGUAAUUCAGAACUGGUCACACUUAAGAAAGAGUGUGAGGAGUCUCAAAGGGCAGCUGAUGAAUUAGCUGAUAUUAUAGUCCAGGCCAAGCGUGACGUGCAGUUGGAGUACGAGUCAAAACUAAGCCAAGCAAAGGAGCAGCUUGUGGAGGAAAAGAGUCGCACCAGCUCCUUACAGUACUCUGUGGAUGACCUACAGAAGAAACUGACCCAGUCCUUUGGGGACUUGACUGAGUGCCAAGAUAAAGUUGCAGAGAUUGAGUCCUCCCUGAAAGCUCAGGAGGCCAAGGAUGUGAAGGAAAAGUCAAGAAGUGCCAUUCUGGAGAACUCUGUCUCGGAUCUGAACAGCAAAUUGACUCAGACCUUGGCGGAGUUGACAGAGUGUGAAGAUAGUGUGGUUAAGUUCAAAAACUUGGCUGAAGCACAUGAGGCUGAGCUCUCGAAGGCGCAGAAGGAGGUGGCGGCCGUGAGGAAGGAAAAGAUGGCGGUGGCGAAGCCCGAGAUAGUCCCUGGGGCCAUGAACCUGCCGGGCAUACAGCACAAAGAUCCCUACCUCGGCCCUGGCCAGCUUGGGUAUGUCCAACGGGGGGUGGUGCAGACCCGCGAUAAGGGGCUGGAUGGUAUCACCUUCCACCGGGGGCUGCCCAUCCUCCCGCGCGACUCCCCCAAUUCCCCUCGCAAGCAGCCCAGAUUCAGUGUAGCUGACAUAGCCAAGGAGAUGAAAAUAGCAGAAAAUGAACAAGAUGCAGGUGUUCUAGCCAACCCACAGGCCAUUGUACCCCAUCAUGUUGCAGAGAACCAUGGGAAUGGACAAGCAGCUGGCCCAGCUGUCAUGGAAAGACCAGCUCCCCCAGUAGCUAACAAUAACUUGCCGAUCCAGCCCCCUGAGGGCAUGGAGGGUGAAGGCAACCAUAACAACCUGCUUGCAAAUAAUAACGGGCCUGCAGUAGUGGAGCGGCCAAACCCUCCGGUGGGCAAUGCUCCCAUCCAAGCUCCUGAACACCCACCUGAGGGCGAAGGGCAACAAGUGGUAAACGAUGUGUUAGCACCUCCUCCCCAGCACCUCGAUGGUCUGAAAUCCAAUGACGUGCAUGCAGAAGAUGGUGCAAAUUUGCUUAAACUGCGGCAUGAAAAGGAAGACGAGGAAGAGAAAGGGAAUAAAGCCGAGGAAGAUUUGAACGAUGACAAUAAACAAGACAAUUUGGACGCGGCAAUAGACGAGGAGGAGAAGAUCGUGGAGGAUUUAAUGGACGACCAGGACGAGGAGGGUAAUGAGGUCAAGCGCAACAAUGAGGAGGUCCUGGACGAGGACAACGCCCUGGAGGACCUCAAGGACCACCCUAGGGUCGGCAGCCUGGUGGGGGGGCUCAAGGUCCCCCUCGGCUUCCGCCCCGAGGAGGCCAACCCCCAGGACAUGAACGUGGAGGAGGACAUCAUUGGCAACCAGGGCAAUUACUAUGAUGGUAACAUUGAUAAUAACAACAUUAGAAAUCUCCAGAGACCUCCAGAGUUCCAUUAACAAAUUAUUAUUAUUUUUUUCUCUCUAUCCUUUUUUUUUUUUUGUCUAUAGAAUGAGCUGCCAUUGGACCCUCUUACAGAGGAGACUUUGCAGUUAUUCUUUUGCUAUUUAUUUUGCUAGAUGUAGGAGUGUUAGUAGCUAGUGUGGGGUUGAAAUAUUUACA